AUGGCAGACGCUACCUGGAAAGAGACCCGACCAGGCCGUUGGGAGCGCGCACAAACAUACCUCGAGAGGAUAAACAUACUUACCCGAAAUGUUCCAAAUGCCAUUGGCCGCGACAACUGGGCCAAGAACGCAGUAGCGAAGCUCGAGUUCCAUCCUGACAUCAAAGAUCCUGCUGGCUACCUCCGGACUGCUUGGAAACAAGUUCGCUACAACCAUCCGGAGAUUGCCGCUUUCCCAUAUAACGGUCGAUACAUCUAUCGCGUCGGAGACGAACCUUCAAUCGCUUUGUGGGUUUCGGCAACAUUCUCCGUUGCUGAGGGCAAAACCGUUGACGAACUGCUGGGCCGGAUUCCAAGGAACGAACAGAUGAUGUGCUACUUCCUUCCCGACACAUCCGAAGUCAUGAUCUGGUCCCCCCACUACCGUGUCGACGCCCGCGGCGCCAUCUUCUGCCUCAACCACCUCGUUGAGUCUCUGGCCAACAUGAACCCCAACCUAGUCUUUGGCGGGUGUGCCAAGAAUUUGACCCCGAGCAUGGAGUUGACUCUUGGUAUCGGGCACGAGGAAACACCAGAACUUGUAGCGCAAGCCGAAAGCCGUCUGGCAGCACUAGAGCCUCACAAGCCAGCUCUGGAACUGACACCCACUAUCAAAGCGCAGAGGCCGGGAUAUACUCAACGGCACUUUAUCAAGUUUUCCAAGCGGGAUACGAGGACGGUCUUCGAUAGCUGCGAGACUUCAGCUCUCGCUAUUGACAUCGCUCUGCAUGCCGCCCUCAUCAGCUCCGUUGCAAAACUCGCACAAACAAAGGAAGCGCGAAGCUUCAUGGCCUCUUUCCACUCCAACCUCCGCACCCUGAUCCCAGAAGGCGCAGCUCCUGAGAAUUCACCCACAAGCUAUACCAGCGUAAUCACUACGGAGGUCAUCGUCUCGCCGCAAACUAACUUCGACUCGUACUACUCUCAACUCGCACCCGUCUAUGCUGCCGGCUAUGCACCGUACUUGCCGUCGUCACCCUUCUUCCACAAGCGCCUCGAAGAGACGCUGUUCGGUCCCAACCACGGCAAGAAAGGCGAGUCAGACGGACAAUUACAGCCGCGCUUUGCUUUCCUUGGCGAAGUAGAUGAGCAGGUCUCCAAGAACAUCGGCGACGGACUGGUCAAAGUCAAGGACUUUUGGCUAGGUGCUGAGACCCUAACGAUGCGCAUGAUGGUGCACACAUGGAUAUGGGAGGGCCAACUCGUCCUCAGCGUGUGCUUUAACGAAAGCUAUUGGGAUAGGGAUCAGGCGGCUAGCCUACUUGGUGGCAUGCAGGAUGCGUUGAUGGAGGUUGCGUUGAGGAAGAUAUCGAGAGUCGACAGUGUAUCAGGUUUAAGAACAUCGGCACUAGACGUGGAAGAUGCUGUGGCAGGACUAACGAUAUGA